UGAUUACACUAUUCUCUUGUUCCCACGCGCUUCCAUUUGGCAACACCAGUUCUUGCCUAAAACCCUCGCAAAACCCUACCAAGUGGCAUCAUCCCUGGCGAGAAGCGCAGCGGGAAAGCCACCGUCUUAUUUCUCCGCAUCAAUCCUCUCCCCUUAAAUGGCAGCCGCGGUCCCCCUGAAACCACAUUUCGAUCGCAGAAACCCUAGCCCCGUUGGCGAUGGCCGGUCCGUGUAGCCCCUCCCCUAGCGGUGCCCACUCCCCCGAACCCUCCUCUCCGCCCGGAUUCGACGCCUUCGAUUCCUUCCUCUACGACCCUUGCCCCGACUUCGAUCCCGUGAAGGAGUGGCUCGUCGAUCCCGACCAGUUCCUUAUGCCCGAGGUCGAAGGCAAUGGCCCGACCUACCUGGAUGCCUCUGACGACCCGAAGACCGUCGAAGGAUUCGGCGAGAGCUGUUCUGGAUCCAGGACGAUGAUCGAAUCGAGGUUGAAAGAAGAGUUCUUGAAAACGUCGAUCGAUGAAAAGAUGGGAAAGGUCUCCUUGGCCGAAGACGGUGGGCAUCAUCAUCAUCAUGGAGAGGAUUCCUGUGAGGGAGUAGUGGAAGCGAGCGCGAACGUCGGUGGAGUGACUAAUGUGGGUGGUUCAAAUGAUGGCAAUGGCGUUUCUUCUUGGGGUUCCAGUGUUGCCGAGGGAGGGAAUGGAUCGAGGGAAGUUUGUACGGUCAGUGAUUCGAUAAAGGUGGCCCAAGAAAGCGAUGAGGAGAGCAGCAAAGCAGAGACUGAGCAAUCAGAAGAUGACAGUGAGCCCUCCGGUGAUGACUCCUCCUCCUCCUCUUCUUCUUCUUCGAGCAGCGAAGAAGAAGAUGACGGUGAUGACAGCAAGGAUCGAAGCAAAGGGAAAGGGAUAGCUCAGGCAGAGGAGGUGGAAGAGGGUGAGAUUGUUGCUAGUGAUGUGGAUGAAGAGGAGGAUAUCAGAGGGCCCAUCAGGACCAAGCAUGAAGUCGAGGUCCUUCCACCAGUUCCUAAAAUCGAAGUAUCAUUGGAACCGCAUCAUCAGACUUUACCAGUGGGAGUCAUAUCAUCUAUACUGGCUAACCGAGUAAUUGUGAACGGUUCCGCGAAACACAAUCCUCUCAAUGAGGGUUCCAUUCUAUGGAUAACAGACACAAGGUCACUGUUAGGUCCGGUAGAUGAGAUUUUUGGACCUGUCAAGAACCCCUACUAUGUUGUUAGAUACAAUUCAGUCCAGGAGCUACCAGUUGGAAUUAGCGGGGGAACUGCUGUCUCUUUUGUCAUGGAGUUUGCCAACUGUAUCCUCAAUGCAAAAGAACUUCAUAAGAAAGGAUAUGAUGCAUCUGGUGAGCAUGACGAGGAGCUGAAAGAUGAGGUGGAAUUUUCUGAUGAUGAGAAAGAGGCUGAGUACAAAAGAUCCCUGCAACAGGCAAAGAGAGACUGUAACGUUAGGUCACAUGGGAAUCAAGAAUUUGUAUCUGACAUGAAGAGGGCCAAUUAUAAGGAUGCCAUGGUCCAAGAGGACAUGCCAGCUCCUGCCCCUCAUACAUCGGUAGCAAUGAGCCAACCACUACCUGGUGUUCCGGCGUCCCUUCAGACAACACCAGGAACAAGUAAUUUGGGUCAGAGUAACAUUUCUUCUUUUCAAGCUGGAAAUCCUAGCAUGAGUGCUCCUGCCAUCAUUCCGUCUGCAGUGCAAGGUGACAGUGGUUUUAGUGAUCUGUCUCAGCAGUCAUUACAGCAGCAGCCAAAUGCUGUUUCAGCUUAUGGAUUUCCUCCGCAUCAGCAGCCAAAUGCUGUUUUAACUCAUGGAUUUCAUCCGCAGCCGCAGCCAAAUGCCGUUUGGACUCAUGGAUUUCAUCCGCAGCAGCAGCCAAAUGCCGUUUGGACGCAUGGAUUUCCACCCCAGCAGCAGCCAAAUGCGAGUUGGAGUAAUGCAUUUCCACCUCAGCAGCAGCCAAAUGCCAGUUGGGGUAAUGCAUUUCCACCUCAGCAGCAGCCAACCACCUAUUGGGGUCAUGGAUAUGCACUUCAGCAGCAGCCAAAUGCCACCUGGAAUCAUGGUUUUCCACCUCAGGAGCAUUUUAUGGGUAUGCAAGGAGGAUUUCUCAUGAACGUAUCACCAGGUCAGCAGCCAGGAGACGACGCUUACAAUCACCUGCAUCAAAAUCAAGCUUUUAAUAUUUUUCCAAAUGGAAUGCUAUAUCAGCAGUUAAUUUCUAGUCUCGCAGCCCUGGCCAACACUGCAUUGCUGGGUGGGCCAGUGAAUCCAUCUGCUUGUACCAUGUCUCUGGGAUCAGGAGCACAGGGAAACUUCAGCCAGGUAACAUUUGGGUGCAAUAAUACGCAAGAACAAGGGGCUCCAAGUUCUUGUAACGUGCAGAAUCAUGAACAGCCACCAUCAGCUACUGGUCGGGGGGAUAUCCGACCUCCUAUGCAAUUCAAUCCAGGGAGGUCAUCUUUUCGUGGUAGGAAGCCUCACUAUAGGGGAGGCCGUCGUUCUUUUGGUAGAGGUGGCCGACUGCAACGCGGAUAGAGAAUUUUGUAUUUAUUUGUUUGCAUGGCUUUUCUCCUUUAUGUUAGCUUACUUGUUAUGUUGCUGAUACUUGUUUUUUUUUCCUCUCUCUCUCUCUCUCUUCUUGAUGGACAAUUUUUGUGGACAUGCUAUGCAGUGGUUGAACCUUCAAAUUUCUUGCAUCAUUGACAUCAAAAGGAAGGCGUUCUCAAAAAAUAUAACGCAGGGAAGAUUGCUUGAUUUUUGUUUGUAUCCCCUCUACAAAGGAAUGUAUUUGUUGGCUAAUGUCAUAUUACUUUAGUGUUUUGGUAGUAGAUGAAAUUGUGAUACACUCAUUAUUCAAAACAGUUGCUAAAAUCAAGAAAAGAUAUCUUUCCUUGUUGAGAUU